ACCAGCAGCACUCGCGCAAUCCCGCAGUUUGACGAGUUUGCCCCCGUCGCCCUCCAUUCUCUCCCGCUCCGCCGCUUCGUCUUUUUAUACCUCCUGCUGACGGGACUGCUGACUUCGCACCCAGGCCGCGGCCGCAUCCUCUCCCCAUCGGCAGUCUUCCCCCAAGACGUCUAAACCCCAAUCCCUAAAUCCCCGACGCAGACCACACGACGCGCACCUCCGUUCACGAGGCGGAAGCAUGAGUCGCCACCCGAUCACUAAGUGGGCACAGAGGUCCGACAGGGUGUUCUUGACGAUAGAGCUGCCCGACGCCCAGGAUGUGAAGCUGAACUUGAAGCCUGAAGGCCAUUUCAACUUCUCAGCUAAGGGCUCAGAUGACUUGCGCUAUGAGUUUGACAUUGAGCUGUUUGAUGCUGUGAAUGUGGAGGAGAGCAAAGCAGCUAUUGCCCCAAGGACCAUAUGCUACCUGAUAAAGAAAGCUAAGAGCGGGUGGUGGCCAAGGCUGCUGAAGCAGGAGGGCAAACCACCUGUGUUCUUGAAGGUUGAUUGGGACAAAUGGCAGGACGAGGAUGAUGAAGACGCUGGAUUUAAUGACUUUGGUGGUAUGGACUUCUCGAAACUGGACAUAGGAGGUGCUGAUGACGACGAUAUUGGGGAUGAUGAAGAUGAUGUGGUUGAAAGUGCUAACAAAGAUGAAGAAGGAGGUAAGACAGAAGAGAGCAAGGAGGAGGAAGCAGCUCCUGCGGCUGCAGAGGAAGUGAAGCCAUGAAGAAUCAUUUGACUUUGCUCCGCGCCAUGGGUGUCCACGGUAUCUAGCUAGGCUAGACGUUCCCUUGGAUUUUUGGUGUAAAAUCUGGAGGUCGAACCACUCACUGCCUAUUGAAGUAAAGGAUACAAAAACAGUUGUGCUGUCUUAGUUUUUGGCUGAACCCUGUGAACUGCUGCUACAAUAUUUGGUCAGAGUUUAUAUGCA